AUGAGGCACUUUCAAAAGGCACUUGGGCACUAUUAGAAAAUCUAUUCUAAUUAUCCAGAUAAUAAUGAAUGUAUCUAAAGGAUAUAAACAUCUUAGGUCUUCGAUUCUUAGUGUAGCUAUUUAGAAAAUGGGAUUACUUUAAGAAGAAUAUGCAGGGUUUUAAGAAAAUUAGAAUGAGAAAUGGAAUGAUCAAAGUAUAUCAAGGUCAAAAUAUUAAUUUAAAAAAUACUAAAGAAGAAUAAAUUCGUUUACAUCAAGAAGACGAUAAUCCUGUUAGUUUCACUAAUAACACAAGGUACUUACAAAAUUAUAUUAUUAAUAGGAGAGCCAAUAAACAACCACCUCCUAAAACAAAUGUGAGAUCAAAUUUAGAUGAUGAAUAAUUUAAAGAUGGAGUCGAGGACAACUUUUUACCUUCAUAUAACAUUUAUAAAUCUGUUCUCAAUUCAUAUUAGUUAUUCUUUUUAUUUUGGCAAUAUAAAAAAGGAAGAUUAAAUCAUACCAAAGCUAAUUAUUAUUAUUAUAAAACUUUUUGA